AUGGAUAAACCGACAACAACGACUCCAACUACAUACGCUGUAUCGCGCUCUCGUGGCAAACAACUGGGCGAGUCUGCUCUCAAGGUUAGAAUGAGAGAGAGGAGAAAGGCUAAAGGGCAAGCAAGGUCCUCUGAUGAAUCUGAACCAGAAGACGAGAUGGAGCCAGGCUCUGUUAUUCUGCAUCAGCUAUUCAAUCGUAAAGUCAUCUUGCAGGCCGAUAAGACUGUCGUCAAGGCAGGGAAACGCAUACCCUCAGGCGAGGCAGAAGCCUUGAAAGUCGCCGUCAAUGCCGGUAUUCCAGCUCCAUCCGUCCGUGACACGUGUACAACAUCUGAUGGUGAGGUCCGUAUCACUAUGGAUUAUAUUCAAGGGGAAACUCUGGAAAAAUUGUGGCCCAACAUGUCUGUUGAAGAGAAGAAGGACAUUGCCCAGCAAAUCAGACAAAUCGUUGAAAAGAUGCGAUCUAUCACACCCCCCACCGACUUUAUUGGCGCCUGUGACGGGACGGAAAUUCGGGACACGAGGAUACACUUUACUUAUCAUUCUCCGCCUUGUCGUAAUGAGAAAGAUUUCAACGAGUUUUUGCUUUCAGCUCUUUACGAACCAACGCCCCCGCUUUUGCGCGAAGCGUUUUCGCGGCGGCUACGAACUGACCAUCGAGUUGUUUUCUCACACUGCGACUUGGCACCCAGAAACAUUCUGGUCGAAGAUGGAAAGAUCCAAGGCCUAGUGGAUUGGGAAGACGCUGGGUGGUAUCCGGAGUACUGGGAGUACGUCAAGUUCUUCCAACGUAAUUUUGAUAAGGACUUCAGACGAUAUGCUGUGGACAUCUUUCCUGAAAUCUCAGGAACUAGUAUGGAGAGUCCAGACCCCAAUACCGACAAAGUCAUCGAGAUUGAUCCAGAUGGCGAUAUUAUUCUUCUCGUUGGGCCGGAGAAGACAAAACUCCGUGUCCGUUCCAUAUUAUUGAUGGCUGCAUCGAAACCCUUCUCCGCCAUGUUGGGGCCACAGUGGAAGGAAGGCCAUGAUAUGCUCGAACAACACGGGCAAUUUGAGUUACCGCUGCCUGAAGACAACGCUGCUGCACUGGAAAUUAUCUGUUAUGUUAUACACUAUCAGAAUGACAAACUACCCCAAACACUUGCCGCCGACGACAUCCUUGCAAUCGCUAUGACUGCAGACAAGUAUGAUUUUGUCAAUGCCCUAAGGUUUGCAAGCGAAUCCUGGUUUCGAACUUUUCGAGAUGAACCCGAGAGUCUGGUUCUUUUGACUGCCUCGGCAUACAUCUUUCGCAAUGCGCAAGCAUUCAGUGAGAUUACUAGAGCCCUAGUACUCAACUAUGGUGGUUCUUAUCUUAAUCUCCGCACCGACGAAGUUGAAUCUGUUAUGCCAUGGAGGGUAUUCUUCUUGCUAGAAGAACAGAGAGGGUUUGCAAGAAUGAAAUUAUCACAUAUUCUCGUCUCAGGAGGUGGGGCCGAAUCGUGUUUCAACGAGUGUGACUGGACAAGCAAAUAUGCGCAUGCAUAUAGGAGGGCUUUGCAGUCAGAAUUCCUUUUGCCUGGAGACUUACAAAGUCACUCCAUCUCCAGAGCAUUGGAGAAAUCGGAGAUGAUGACAGAUCCAGUUAUUGAGGAACGAAGUGGUCGGUGCAAGUUCGGGUACAACCAUGAGCCCCCGGCAUACAGGGAAGACCGCCGUCGGGAUCUGGACAAUCUCAUCAAGAAACUUGGACUUUGCCUACACUGUACUAGCCUAGAAAGAGCGGAUGCUAGUUGUAACCAUCCCUCCCAUAUGCGUUAA